CACACUGCGUGAUAAAAAAAGUGCAGUCACGGUCACACUGGCGAGCAGAAUUUCAUACGUUUUUGUUUCCUUUUGGCCAUAUUUAUUAUUGUUAAAAUUGGAGCAAUGCCAGCUGCUGUGCGCAAGUUCCGCCGCGAGACCAGUGAAAUCAGCUGCUGCCUGAAGUACCUUCUGUUUUCCAGCAAUGUGAUCCUGUGGCUCUCGGCCCUGCUGGUCCUCUCCAUUGGCAUCUGGGCCUGGAGCGAGAAGGGCAUGUUCCGCAACAUUUAUCGGCUGCACUUCAUCGCCCUGGACCCGGCCUUCGUGCUCAUUGUCCUGGGUGGCGUCACCUUCUUGCUGGGAUUCAUGGGCAGCGUGGGCGCCUUGCGCGAGAACACCUGCCUCCUGGGGGCGUACGCCAUCUUCCUGAGUGUCCUGCUUAUCGCAGAGAUCGGCUUUUGUGCCGUGGCCUUCGUGCUCAAGGACAAGGGUUGGAUCAAAGACCAGGCCACCGAGGGACUGAAGGCCUUCAUCCGCCACUAUCGCGAGGACGCAGACCAGCAGAAUCUCAUUGACUGGAUCCAGGAGGAUUGGCUGCAGUGUUGCGGCAUUGAUGGCCCAAAGGACUGGGACAGCAACAACUACUUUAAUUGCUCGUCCAUCGCUAUUGGCAGCAGGGAGGCGUGCGGGGUGCCCUUCUCCUGCUGCCGCCGGCGUCCCCAGGAGGUGAUCAAAAACAAGCAAUGCGGAUACGAUGUUCGAAAGGAAGGACACCCGGUGGAUAGGAAUAUACAUGAGCGUGGCUGCUUGCGCGCUGGCGAGGAUUGGCUGGAGGCGCAUCUUAUUAGUGUGGCGAUCGGUUGCGUGGCUCUGCUGAUCCUGCAGGAGUUGUCCAAAAUAAUCUAUGAAAAGGGCUGUGUUCAAGCAGGCGAAGAAUGGAUGGAUAACAACUUGAUUAUUAUUUCCACUACUGUUAUAGUUCUGAUGUUUUUCCAGAUUUUGGGCAUUUGCUUUGCUCAGAACCUGCGUGCCGAUAUCUACACUCAAAAAUCAAAGUGGCACUGACAAAUGGCUCUGCCUGCUCCAACGGCCAUUUAGAAGGACACCCAAGGCGGCGAAGGAUUUGGGGGAACUUCGAGGUAAGCAACGUGGAGCAUCCACCAACUUCAAACAAGAAUCUGUAACUACUCAUCUACGCUCCGGUUCGUUAACUAUACUAUACAUUCCUUGUAAACCCGCACUAGGGUGGAUCGAUUUGGAUGCACGAAAAUCGCUGGUAGAAUCUAGUCCAUGAACAAUUCUUUACGCUAUUGCCAUUCGAACUAUGUUCCGGAAAUUACGAUUGAACCUCCGCUUUUGAUAAGAAAAACACAAAUGCGUAAAAGCUGAUUUCCGGGAUAUACGUUGCUUACCAGUACUGGCAUAAAAUGUUCAUGGGUUAGAUUUCACUUCCACGAUUUAUCUACUUUUUGCGUCCAUAAACUCGACCCAGUUUAACCCAUAAUCCCUUUUAUACUCAAGAGUACGCUAUGUGUCUAACUAAAGCAAACGCAUUCCGUCUUCGUGGACAUUGACUAAUAUUAACUAGGUUGCCAAAUUUGUUGCUGUUUUUACGUCGGCUUCCCUUUGCCCAAGAACAAAUGAGAACAAAAAAAAAGCAAAACAUUUUAAAUAGAUUUUCUAAACAUUUUACAAGAAAGUGAAAGGAGGCAUAGG